UCAUUUAAAAUUAUAAAACAAAAUUAACUGAACUGAAAGCGUACACAAACCAGAGUGAAGACAAUAGGAAAAGCUAUAAAUAACUUUGAAAAGACGAGAGACGAAACGAAUGAGAAGAAGAAAACAAAAAUGGAGCAACGUCUAUGGCGGGAAACACAGGAGAAUCUCACCACCGGCGACUGUAACACCGAUUCUCUCUCUCUCCAAACACUCUCAUCAUUCCAUUCACUCAUCAUAAACCCUUCAACAUCACACCUCACACUCUCCUCAAUCCUCAAAACCCUAACUCACAUACUCUCUCUCCACCACCACAACAACCACCACAACCACCACCACAUUUUCUCUCUCCUCACCUCACUCUCUCUCCACCACCCUUCCUUAUCUCAUUCUCUCUCCUCCACUAUCCUUCCUCUCUCCACCUCCAUAAUAUCAAAUCCUUCCUUAUCCCCUCGCCUCGCCGCGGCCGCGGCUGCUGCUAUUCUCUUGAUUUCAGGUGCAGAUUGUAUCGAUGAUGGCCUCGUUAUCUCUCUCUGUUUUCGUCCUUGUAUUUCUGUAAGGGUUUGGAUUUUGAGGAAUUCGUUGAGGUUUUCAAUUCGGCCGAAUUUGUUGUUGACGGUGAUGUUAGGGUUUACUAAGGAUCCUUUUCCUUGUGUUCGUGAAGCUGCGUUGAGUGGUUUGGUUGGUGUUUGUUGUUCUGGGAUUGUUGUUGAGGAUUACGACAUUGUUGAAGGCUGUUAUUUUCGUGGUGUUGAGCUUCUUACUGAUCAACAUGAUUAUGUUCGCUUGGCUGCUGUUCGUGUGGUGAGUGAAUGGGGGUGCAUGCUUGCUGAAUCUAAGCAAGAGGAAGAAGAUAAGAGAGACUGUUUUGACGGUGUAUUUCUGCAGAUCUGCUCUAUGGUCAGAGAUAUGAAUGUGAAAGUCAGGGUGGAGGCUUUUACUGCCCUUGGGAAAAUUUCAUAUGUAUCUGAAUAUAUUUUGUUGCAAACCCUGUCAAAAAAGGUCCUCAAGACAAUCAAAGAAAAACAAUCCGUAGCCCUGUCUAGUUCAAAAUCACUUGAAAUCAACGCUGUUAUUGCUGCUGGUGCAUUUAUUCACGGUCUGGAGGAUGAAUACAGUGAGGUACAACGGGCUGCCUGUAUCUCCUUGCGAAUGCUCCAUGUCGUCCCUGGUCAAUUUGCUGGUGAAGCUGUUAAUAUAUUGAGCUAUGUUCUGAAUGAUGACUCGGUUAUUGUCAGGUUAGAGGCUCUGAAGACAAUUCAUCAUAUGGUAACGUCUGGAUGUCUAAAGAUGCAAGAGGCACAUGUGGACAUGUUGCUUGGUACCCUUGUUGACAGCCAUUCUCAGAUAAGGUCCAGAUCCUUCAAUGUACUUGGGUCAGUUAAAUUGUCUGACCUGAAGGUGUCCAAAUUAACUGUUCAAAGCCUCCUCGGAAGUUUGGACUUGUACCCCAAGAAUGAAGGCGAAAUUUUUCGUACCUUGUUCAGUUUAGGUCAGAAUCAUGGCAAUUAUGCAGUCAGCAUCAUUCAGGACUUCUUUCAUGAGAUUGAGCCUUCCAGUGAUGGAAAAUUCGGAUGUAAUAGCCCGAGGAUUGCUGGAUUGCUAGUUUUGGCUAUUUCAGCUUCACUCAAACAUGAAAAACACUUCCGUCGAAUUCCACCAAAGGUUUUUUCCUAUGCUGCUGCAUACUUCGGGAGGAUUUCUUCUGCUCUUGGUGAUGUUCUGGAUGUUGAUUCCCUUUUGGCAUACCUGUAUUGUUGCGGUGAAUGCCAUCUUGAUGUACAGUCCGAGACUAGGACUCGACCAGACGUACUUCCACCUGCAAAAGGUCAGCAGGAAGCGUAUGUGCAUGUGCUGAAUGCAGUGAAGCUUAUCCUUGCAACCGUGAAAAGGUUAUGGCAGCUGGUCAUAUGCGGAUGUACAGAUGAAGUGCUUAAAGCAUUAAGGCAUUGUAAAGAAUCUCUUGUGAGAGUAAAGGCUGGCUCUUUAGCAUAUGCUGGUGCAGUAUCUUUUGCAUUCCAAUAUAUCCAUAUAGUGAAGCUUCUCACAAAGGUAUGGGGGCGCUUUGCGGUUUCCAGGAAUCGCCAAUUGUAUCAAUUGAGCGACUUAGACUUGUUACUUGGAAAAAUUGACGAAGCAAUUCUAGCUCUUAGAUUUAGGUUCACUGGAAUAAGUGAAGAUGUUGAGCUUUUUGUCAUGGAGCUGCUGUUUCUCAACUAUCUGCUGCAACUUUCAAGCACUUGUAUGCACUGCAAAGCUUUGCAGAAAUUAUCUAAUAUGGUUACAUAUGUGGGCCGCUUAAGGAAUGCGAAGUCCAUCGCAUGUUCCAAUUUCGUGAACCGACUUGCAGAAUUAUCUUCCAAUGGCAGCUUCUCUGUUGAUGCAACUUGUGACCCUUUUCAGUUGAAACAACUACUGGACUUAUUUAUGCUCAAGGACUUGGUACUCACUCAAGAAAUCAGGCACGUCAAUGCAGAGCUUGUUGUUCUCGGCUUCGACUCUGUAAGUCCUCUGCGCUUCAUCUCGGGAUUGCCUGCUAGUAUACCGCUGGGCAUUUCUCUCUAUAACGUGACGAAUGAACAUAGACUCUGGUUGAAGUUUACUUUGGAUGAUGAGAUAACAGAGUUUGUCUUCUUAGACAUGGAAGAAUAUGGCGGCAUCGAGGAGGUUAGGCAGUUCGAGUUCGUAUCGCCAUUUUAUAGAACACCGAAAGCAGAUGUGUUCACAUUGAGAGUUAAUAUAGGUGUGGAAUGUUUGUUCAAGGAUUUGCAUUUGGUGAAAGGCCAUGGGGGACCUAAACAUGGCCUGACUUACAUUAGCCCGGAAACAGAAGCUUAUUUUGUAAAUAUGAAUGCUUAUGAUCUUUUGUAAUGCCAAAUGUCUCAGCUGUUUUGAUA